AUGGCGCCGAACAAUCUGACCCUCUUCUUCCCGGCAAUGAUCGCACUCCUCCUCACGCCGCCACUUCUUGCUGUGGCCUCUACCGCGCCGCCACCAGCGAAAGGCUGUUCUGACGAAAUCGUAUCAUUUUCGCCAUGCCUUCCCUACGUCUCCUCUUCCCCAAACAACAGUUCGUCCUCCCCUUCGAUUCAGUGCUGCGAUGUCUUCUCAUCGGCUUUCGACACUGGCGACGCCGACUGCCUCUGUUACCUCAGCCGUCGGCCUCUGCUCCUCGGUUUCCCUGUGAACUCGACUAGACUCUUCUCUCUCUCUUCUCUCUGUCCUCCAAAGAAUGCCGAAUCUCAGACUCGUGGCUCCCUCCAAUCCAUCUGCUCAGGUUAG